AUGGACCAGAUGCGGCACAAGUCGCUCAACAAGUUGCCCAACUUCAGGGGCCUCAAGAAGGAAGAACUUCAGAGGCAGACGACACUCCUCAUCCAGACCAUGACAAUUGAUGAACUUUAUGAAGAAGUCAUUUAUGAAAUUCUUCAUAGUGUUGGCGCUGAUGCUUCAGUCGAUAAAAAUACACUCUUCGGCUACGUCAAGAAUUUAUUUAAGAUUGAUGAUGAUAAACAUAAAUCGGCAUGCAAGGAAGCAGAGAAAAAACAGGCCCCUAACAUAGUUCUUGAUGUACAAGUUGUGAAAGCAAGGGAUUUAGCUCCUAAAGAUGCUAAUGGCUUUAGUGAUCCUUUUUGUACAUUAUAUUUAACAUCUAAAUCUACUCAUCGUUAUAACACUUCAGUUAAACCUGAAACAUUAAACCCACUAUGGCAGGAAUGUUUUUCUCUACCAGUUGAAAGUACUGCAGAUGAUGUUUUAAUCUUAGAAGUAUGGGAUUUCGAUCCAGCGGAAACUGUUAAAGAAAAAAUGACUAAAAUUACAAGUGUGCAAGGUAUUAAAGGUUUAAGGAAAUUGAUGAAAGAAAUAGCUGUUACAGCAUCGACAGGAAAACAUGAUAAUGAAAUGAUAGGCUAUGUAAAUAUUCCUUUAAAGUGUAUACCUUCUUUAGGACAUGAAAAGUGGUACCCCUUAGAAAAAAAAUCGAAAGCAAGAGGAGAAAUUCAUCUGAAAUUAAAUUUUGGCUCAGAAAAAAAUAGUGCAGUUGCAUUUCAAGAGGGAAGACACUUAAUCCGAUUACUUUUACUACAUGAAGUUGAAAAUCAAAAUAUUGAUCCUAAGGAGUGGGAUGGAGAGUUUCCUGAACCAGCCAAUACAAUUUUGAGACAACAUACUGCACAAAGUGGACUGAAACCAUCUGAUGAAUACAUGGCGAGGUGGUUAGAGUUCAUCCGUUUUCAUACUAAUCAACCCUUCUGUUUCUCACUGUUUCUAAAAACCCUUGAAAAAAUUAUUCAGACACUUAAAAGUGGUCUAUAUUCAAAUGAACAGGAGAAACUAUUUUGGGAAAGCACAAAAAGAAUCCUUCCCUUCUUUUUCCAGCACAUUAGAAAACUAAGAAAAUUGUCCCAAGAUGACAAUAAUUUUCUUGAAGGAUUAACUUCAAUUUUAAAGGUUCUUUCACUCAUAUCAAGUUUAAAUGUUCCUGAAGAAUAUGACUUGUUCCCCAAAACAUCUUUUGGGUGGCUUAGUGAAUCUAGCUGCUCUGAACAGGAUAUUGUCUCUAUACUGAAGGAAACAAUAAAACAGAGUGCAUCAGAAUGGUAUGAUCAUAUUUUGGAAAAUAAUAAACCAGAAGAUUUUUCAAAUGAAAAAGUACUUCAGCAAGCAGUUAAAGUAACUCAACUUGUCAGAAAUGAUAUACAGAAAAGCAUUGAAAUUUUUGAUAAACAUUUCUAUUCAAUUCUUGGAAUUCAGUAUGCUGUUGAGCUUUAUCAAAUUUAUGAUAUCAAGGUAUAUGAACUGGUUGAGCCUUGUGUAGAAACUGUAUGUUCAGCACUCAAACCCAUUAAUUUUGAUGGUAAUGUGAAUGGCUUAGAUGAUGAUAAUGAAGCUAUGUCAAUUGGGACAUCUCUUUUUGAGUUAUACCUAAUUCUUCAAAAAUUUCUCAUAUUAGGAGAGGGUAUGUUUCCAGCUGAUAUUGGUUCACUUCAUCUAUCACAAUUUCAUACAUGGUUCCAAAAAGGAGUGGCUCAUUGGCUUGACAUUGCUGUAUUUAAAGCUAUAAUGAGAAUAAACAAAGCAAUAGAACUCGAUAAUCUUAAACCUGUUGAUGAAAGUGUUAAAUAUUCUUCAUCAGCAGUGGAUACUCUCUCAAUUUUUUACCAGAUUAAAGUAUUUUGGACCCAGCUUGCUUGGCCAGAUGUUGAAGGAAACUACACUUUUGUUGCUAAGAUCAUUGAUGAUAUUUGUCGUUGUUGUGUUCACUUUGCUGAUAAAAUGGGUACUAAAGUCGAAACUAUUGGUGAAACAGAAUCUGCUUAUGGAAAAAAAUUUGAAGUUACUCAUGAGUGGUGUUUAGCCAUUAAUAAUAUUGAUUAUAUUCGACAAUCCAUUGAACCAUUUGUAACUCAACUUGGAAUUGAUGAUUUGUUAUUGAAAUUAUCUGAUUUACGGAACCCAAAAGCUGCUGAACACUGUAAACAAACUUUGACAUUGGUGGUAGAUAAUGCCCUUGACAAUGUUCGAAAUAAAAUUAUCGAUUUAUUGGAAAAAGUCUCUCUUAAGAUGUCUCCAAUUGUAAAACGAUUUUUACUGGAAGGAGGAGAAAUUCUUAACCAAGGAAAUAACCAUAUGGAAAGACUGAUAAAUUAUCUAGAUGAAAAUUUAACAACAUUGCAUUCACAAUUAAAUAGUGAUAAUUUCGAAAAAACACUUGCUAUUUUAUGGGAUAAAAUAUAUUCAAUUUUAAAUGAAUUAAUUCAAGACAGCUUAGAGAAAAAGAGACCAUCCUCGUUUUUUGCUAACAUGGAUGGAGCAUUAGAAAUUUUAGUUGGAUUCUUUAAACAAUCAGAAAAUUUAAAAAAUAAUGAGAACUAUAUCACCAUUAGAAAAUUGUUGAAAUUUCAUGGCAUGGAGACUGAUGAAUUGAUUCACUCUUAUUACUUAGAAAGACUGAGGGAACAGAAAAUGAUGAAAGAAGCAACAAUGGGGAUGUUGACAAUAAGAGCACAAUUCGUUCAUUAUAUGUUAAGAAUUGAAGUAUUAAAUGCUAGGAAUUUAAUACCUCAUGAUAAAAAUGGCUCAUGUGAUCCUUAUGUCAAGAUUCAUUUACUUCCUAAAGAAAAAUUUGCAGAUGUUACGAAACCAAAAACUAAAACACAAAGGAGAAAUCUUUUUCCACUUUUUGAUGACACUUUUACAUUGCAACUUUCAAAAGAGCAAAAAGAAACCAAAAAUGGUUUAGUGCAAUUUAUAAUUAAAGACCAAGAUUUUAUAUCAAGCCAGUUUAUAGCAGAGGCUUUUAUAUCCUUCUCAGACAUUCCACAAACAACACUGGAAACUUCAUUACAUGAAAUGGCACAAGUUCAUCUUAUGCUUAGCAAACCAACGAAUUUGGAUUCAGAAGUCAUAAAAGCUAUUGAUCAUAGACAAGGUGAAAAACUAGCGAGGGACUUUGUUAAACACCAAAAAACUAAGAUGCAAAGUAUCAAUGAUAUAUGA